AAGUAACAGAUCAUCUUUAGAUUUACAUAACCUUCGAAAAAUAAACAUACUUAUGAUUCUUUAUUUAAUUCUCUUUCACAAGAGUAUCGCCUCGGUGCUCGCUCUCUUCCUCCCCGCCCUCUCUUUGUUGCCUGUUGCUUGCUUAUUCUAGGGUUUCACCACCUUUUAUUUCAUUGUUCCUCUCAAUUCCCAUGCACGCAAAAAUUUUCUUUCAUUCUAGGGUUUUAUAGGGAUUAUUGGAUGGUUUGUUAGAUAAUUGUUGAAGGCUCUGAGAAUAGAGAAAACCAAAGAUGGCAUCUUCACAUAAAGAACUGGAACAACAGCUCGUCGAAGCUGGAAACAAGCUUCUUCAGCCCAUUUCUUCGGUUGACGAUGAACUCCUUUUGUUACUCGACCGAGUGGAGUCUUGCCUGUCUAGAGUGGAGCAAUCACCAGCCAUAUCCAUGCAUGGUGCACUUUCUCCGCUAAUGAAGGCAUUGGUAGCAGAUGAACUCCUAAGGCAUUCGGACGUUGAUGUGAAGGUCGCUGUUGCUUCUUGUGUAUCUGAAAUAACUAGAAUUUCUGCUCCAGACGCUCCAUACGAUGAUGACAAAAUGAAGGAUGUCUUUCAAUUAAUUGUUUCAUCCUUUGAGAAUUUUCAUGACGAGUGCAGCAGAUCAUAUAGUAGAAGGGCCUUGGUCCUUGAGACUGUGGCCAAGGUCAGGUCAUGUGUCAUCAUGCUUGAUCUAGAAUGUGAUAGGCUCAUAACAGAGAUGUUUCAGCAUUUCCUUAAAGAGAUAAGAGAUUUUCAUUCGGAGGCUAUAUUCACAUAUAUGGCCACGAUAAUGACUGUUGUGUUGGAAGAAAGUGAAGAAGUAACUAUGGAACUGCUUACCCCGCUGCUGGCUACUGUAAAAAAGCACAGCAAGGAGGUGACGCCCAUUGCUAAGAAGUUGGUGAAGACAGUAUUUGCAAAUUGUGCACCCAAGCUCAAACCUUACCUGGCACAAGCAGUUGAAUCAUUAGACCUUUCUUUGGAUGAGUACAGCAAAUCCCUGACCUCUGUGUUGGAAGGGACUCAUAUAGCUGUUGAGCUUGGCAAUGACAUUUCCUUAAGAAACCAAUUGAUGGCUGAGAGUGUCAGAGAAGAGGCAUGCUCUGAUGAUGUUGACCAUGCUGUUAAUAAAUCUUCAAAGUCCAUCACAAGUAAUGGUGUUAGUGAAAGAAACAGGGAAUCUGCUGCUCAAACAGAUUCGUUGAUUAAGGUCGAGAAUCAUGAUAGUGGGGAUCUGCAAGAUGCUGCUGCUAAGAUGACAUCCAAGUCUGAUUCUGAUGAUUCAAUGGUUGAGAAGUCAAUGCAAUCGGAGUCUAGGUCAGCACAAGCUGCUAAGGAAAGUGCAAAGAAGGCAAACUCUUUAAUAAACUCAGCUGAAUCUUCUUUUCAAGCUCCUGGCGACAAUGAAAAAGAAGCCGAGGAGCUUCCAGAAUGCAGGAAAAAUCAAAAUAGCGAUUCUGAAAGUUCCACUUCUGAUGACCCAGCUUGUGAGGGAUUCAACUCUUUGGAGAAGAAAAUAGAAGCUAACCUUCAGCAUUAUACGCCAAAAGAAUCUGAGGGAGAAGCUAUAAAUGUAGCUCCGAUAUCUCCAAGUCAGAGCGUUGCUGACGAGUGUGUCCGAAAAAAGGCUGGUCGUGGUCGGCCAAAGAAGAAAAAAAGCUCGAAUAAAAAACAGUGUGUGUCUAAGGAGGUAUCUGAAGGUACAAAACACUUAGAAGCAAAGCAGGUCAGUCGCCCUUCCGAGGAAGCCCCUUUAGAGCCUUCUCACGAGGAAAAAGAAGAUGGCUCCUCCAGUGACGCGGAGGCAAUAACGCCGAAGCAGUUGGGUAAGAAGAAUGAACCGAGGGUUAAGAGUCAGAGUCAGAGCCAGGAUGACCCCUCUACGAAAAAGGACGAUGGCAAAAAGCGUGCUCCUGCAAAAGCUAGGCUGGAGAGCAUACCUUCACCGGAUUCUCCUGAUAAGCCUGCUAAAGAUGAAGGUAACCAAGAGGAAACCACAAAGAGUGCAAAGAGAAAACGGUCGUCUGGUAAGGACAGGGCAACAGAGGAUGUGCAAUAUGAUGAAAGCCUGGUUGGUUUAAAAGUUAAAGUUUGGUGGCCAUAUGAUCGAUCAUUCUAUGAAGGUGUUAUUAGUGCCUUUGAUUCUGGCAAAAGAAAGCACACUGUUUCAUAUGAUGAUGGAGAAACAGAAGUAUUAAAUCUCAGAAAGGAACGGUGGGAAUUCAUUCAAGGAGAUGAAGUGUCAGAAGAGGAUCAAAUUGCAAGUCCAGAUGUGUCAUCAGUAGUGCAAAAGAAAAAAGGUAGAACAAUUGCUGAAUCAUCAGCGAAGCAUGUCAAAGUGGAGGCUUCACCUAAUAGUAAUCUCAAAGGCAAGUCCACCAAAUCUAAACUUAAAUCCAGGAGUGAAGGCAAAUCUGAUAGGAGAAAUGAGGAUGAUGAGCCUGGCAGUAAAUCGAAGGCUCAACCUCGAAAGAGCACUGGUAAAUCUGUUGACGACACUGAAAAGGUAUCUGGCAAAUCUAAUAUUGGUAGUAGUACACCUAAAUCCAAGUCUGAGCAAGAACCCUCAUCAAAGACUGCCACCAAGUCCAAAGGUAAAACUCCUCAAAGUGGCAACAAGCCUAAUGUUAAUGGCACGGGCAAGGCAAAAUCAAGUUCCUCAAAGGUGAAAGAAAUGCCGGACCGAAAAGAAAAGUUAACUGAUCCAGUGAAAACACCUGAAAGCACAAAGGAUAAAUUAUCUGUUGCAUCAAAGGAACAAGUGAGUGAGACAAAAAGUGGAAAAAAGCGAGGCAGAGGGAAAAGGUGAAUAUAUGUGAUGCGUCUUUAGGGGAGCUAUUCUGUCUUUGCCUACAGUAUGGUUGGUCUUGGGGGACUUGUUGCACAGCUCAUUGAAGGGAGAGUAAUGAGUAUGCAUGCCUUGCAUGUUAAUUGUUCUGUGAUGACAGUUCAGGAUCAUGGCUUUGCAAAUAUUGUAGUAGCUUUAUAAUUCUUUUGGUCUCCGAGUAUCCCGAGGGUAGUUUUUCUCCGAGUAUCCCGAGGGUAGUUUUUCUCUCAAUUUCACUGUAGUAGUAGAUUGAAGUUACAUUAUUACUUUCUCGUUUCUGGUUAGUAGUUGUUUUUGGUAGCUUCUUCACCCCCCCACCCCCCCCCCCCCA